AUGACUCGGAACUCCGAAUCGGGAGACCUUUCGAGUAUUAAGAAGCAAGGAAAUCCAGGUCAAGAUGGGUAUAAACUACUUGUUAUGAAUGUUGCUGCUAUGGUUACUUGCCCUCCCACCAAGCUGUUUGGCUCGAACAAGGAAAAGAAAAACGUACACUGUGAUGUUACGGACGCCCUCAACCAAGAUCCUCUUUUCGAUGGCUGUUUGAAGGAGAGUAAUACGCGAGAGAAGUUCCAAGAUGCUAUCAAAGAGGCCAACUCCAUUAUACAAAAAGGCGAGGAGUGA